AUGUUUAUCUACGUGCCCUCUAUAUCUCCCCACGACUCACCGUAUUUUGACCCAGAAUUAUUCUCCAACAUUGAAACAGAUAUAGCUUUAUUUCACAGAAAAGGUUUAAUUGUGUUAGCCCGUGACUUUAAUGCUAGAACUGGAAAAGAAAAUGAUUUUAUCACGGAUGAAAGUGGCACGUUUAUACCUGGCGAAGAAAUUCCUCCACCACCCAAUCUCACUAAAAGACAGAACUUUGAUAACAUUGUCAACGAUCAUGGAAAACAAUUACUUGAUCUUUGUAAAACCUGUGAUCUAAGGAUUCUAAACGGCCGAUCUAAGGGAGAUACCCUAGGAAACUUCACAUUUCACUCUAUUAAUCGAAUAAGUACUGUAGAUUAUAUU